AUGAAUCCCAAUCAAUUCCCCAAUGCCCCCGGCGGCGGGGGCAUGGUUGGUGGCAAGCCCGGAAUGCAGCCGCCGAAAGACAACCAGCAAAUCCAGGGCAUUAUCAUGAGCCAUGUCGCCCAGGUUUUGCAGAAUCAAGGUCCUUUCAGCGGAUGGAAGGCUGAAAUCACGAACAAGACCCGUAUGAUGAAUAUCUGGCAAAUGAUCACCUCUCUCCGCCUCAUCCAGCCUCGUAUUGAUAUCUCUGCCGCUGCGCAGGCCGCUCUUAGUUUUGAACAAAAAGCAUUCAUACAAGCUAAUGAAAGAGGCGACUACGAUCGCGAAUGUAAUGAAAAGCUUUCCCAUAUCAAAGAUACCCGUCAGAGACAAGCUGCUGUCAUGCAAAAUGGCAUGAUGCCCCAGCUUGCCCUCCAGGCCGCUUUCCCACAACAGAUGAUUCGAGGCAUGCAGUCGUCCCCAAUCCCAGGCCAACAGCAGAUGCCCAUGGGGAUGAACGAUCCAAACCAGCAGGCAACCAUGCAACAGCGCCAGCCACAACAGUCCGGCAUGCUUCCACAACAACGUGCACAACAGCGUCCUACCAGCAGCGGCCCCCUCCACGACGACCUGAACAACCUCUCCCCGCAAGACCUCGAGCAUGUCUCUCGCCUGGCCAGCCAAAUGCUGGCCAAGACAGGCCCCGAAGACAUGGAGAAGAUCAAGAUGAACCUCUCCAACAUGAGUGUCGAGCAGCGAACGUACCUCGCUCGCAAGAACAUGGACCCGAUGACAUAUUUCUUCCGCUCGCAAGCUCUGAACCAACUACGCCGUCACCGCCGCGCGCGCAUGGAAAUGGGUCGUGCGAAUAACCCCGGCAUGGAUCCUAACGGCGCCAUGAUGGGAGAUCCAAUGAUGAAUCAACGUCAAAUGCUACAGAAUAUGAUGAACCUCCAGCGCAACUCAGGCUUCUCUGGAAGCCCCGGCCAAAGCAUCGACUCCAAUUUCAUUGGCAACGUGGAAAACAUCCAAGGUCAGCAGGCAGAUGGUCUGCGCUCACAGGAGGCUGGGCAACUAGUGGUCCCUGCAAGCUCAUCACAAAUGAAUCAACAACCUUUCCCUAACCAGCCCCAGCAAAACAUGUUUCCACAGCAGAUGGGUCAGACUGGCCAGGGCAUGAACCCGCAGCUCUUUGGUCAGAAAAACUUCCAGGGUAGUUCCAAUGUUCCCCAAGACCGGAUGGCAUUCCAAGCUCAGCAGUCACAAGCCCAGGCUCAAGCCCAGGCACGCGCCGCUGCCCAGAAAGCCCAGCUUGCUCUAUCAGGCCAUAAUGGACAAGCAAACCCCCAGACACAGACGCAUAUGCCCCAGUCUAGCCCGGCUAUGCCAAUGUUGAAUCAACCAAUGGCUCCUGGUCAGAUGUCACCCGUACAGGCACCUGGCCAGCCUCGACCUCCUUCACGCCCACCAAACACGGGUCAACCCAACAUGCAAGGUCGACCGCAGAUUCCCGCCACCCUCCCGCAGGCCGUCCAGGAUCAACUCGCCCAAAUGACCAAUGAGCAGCUUCAACAGUUCUUUGUCACCCAACGACGAAAUGCCAUGGCCAAUAACAUCGCUCGCAACGGUGGUCAGCAACCCGGCUCUCUUCAGCAGGCAGUAUCGCAAGGCGCUCAAGGUCAAGCGAUCUUCAAUGGCCAAAUGCCCGGUAAUGGUCGAAUCAGGAAUUCGAUGAGUAUGCCACAGGGCAUGAAUCCUGCCGGAUCAGCUCCGCCUCAGCAGAUUCCAGGUCAAGGCCUGACGCCCCAGCAACGUAUGCAGCAGCAGCAACGCCAACAAGAGCUUUACAAACUUCAUAUCUUGCAGCAACAGCAGGGCAAUGCUUUGGAAAUGACUCCCGAGCAGGUCAAGGAAAUGGAUCGUACAGCUUUCCCGCCAAACCUCAUUAAUCACAACCACAGUGCUUCCCAGGUACCCAGGCAGAUCAGAACUUGGGGGCAGCUCAAGCAGUGGGUCACUGCGAAUCCACAGGCGUCCAACGGCGUUGAUUUAUCCAAGCUCAUGAUGCUGCAAAAACUCCACUUCGGUUCGGUUUUAGCUAAUAGGGCCGGAGUUCCCAAUAACCAGAACCAGGGCAUUUUAUCACAGCCCCAAGGACAGCCAGGUCAAAUGCCAAAUGGGCAAAACCUCACCAACGGACAGCCUCAGCCCCAGAUGCCUCAGAUGCGACCGCUAACCCCUGGGGAUAUCCACAUGGCUCGUCAAAGGAUGGGUCCAAAUGGCAAUAAUAUUACCGAUGAACAGAUCCGUGACCUCAUCCAACACCGCCAUAGGCAGAUGUUACAGCAGGCUGCCGCGCAGGCCGCUCGCGCCCGACAAGAAAUGAACGCAAAUGGAGCGAACAUGUCCCCUGGACAGCCGAAUCAGCUUAUGCAACAGCCUCCUGUUUCUGUACCCCAGAAUGCCGCUGCCCAAUUGAACCUAAAUGCAGUUCCGCAACCACCGGCAACCACCGAUCAGCAACAAUCAAAUGCAAAGGCUCAACCCGGGGCUCCGGCAAAGAACGCCAAAGCUGCAGCCGCCAAACAGGGCCAGAAGAGCAAAAUUAAAAUGGAUGAGACUGGAGAAGCCCAGGCUUCAACUACACCCCAAAUGUCUCAUCAGCCUGCCGUUGCUGCCGCUGCGCCCCCUGUAGCUCGGCCAGGUCCUCCGCCAUCUCAUGAGCAGCUUCACUCGAUGACUCCUCACCAGCGAAUGCAAGUCGAAGGUCACAUGCGGAAGCAACAGCAGAACUUCCUUCGUGGACCUAUCAUCAGUCGGGCCGCUGCAGAAGAGAACUGGAGAACUCACCUCAAGCCGGAGAUUCUAAGCGUUUACAUGGAAAUCGCCAAGAGCGCUCCGCCUACUCAACCUGUUGUGACUUCUCCAGAACAAAAGGCGGUCAUGUCUCAGCUGCUCAUGGACUCCUUGGAUAUCCUCGGGCGGCUUGAUAUUUUGAUGACCCACGGGUUUGCGAAGAUGCAGGGCCAGGAGAAGAACGCCAGGAAUCUUCUUGCCAUGCGUGUUCAAAUCAUGCGGCAGUUCAAGAACACACCGGAUUGGGUCCUCAAUGACAACUUUACUAUCACUCAAGAUUAUCUGACUGGUGCUAUUCUGUUCAUUCGAAAGUUGUUCCAGGUGAUGAUUCUUCGUAUGAACCAGCAACGGCCCAACGGCGCCCCUGCGCCUGCUCCGCAGGCCACAAGCACGACCGCGCUAAAUGCGACCAACCUUGAACAGUUACAGCAACAACAAGAAGAAGCUCUCCAACACGCUCGACGUGCCUCCAACCAGUCCGGUGCAGCUGUCGCCCCCGCGCCAUUCGGAGCGCCGUCCCCACAGGGUGUGCCCCACGCGUAUGGUCCAGGUGGUCUUGCACCGGAGAAGCUGAAACUUCCUCCGCCCAAGAAGAGAAAGCAGUCUCACGCUGGUGCCGCGAGUGCCUCACCUGUGCAACCCAAUCCUGCCUCUGUUGCUGCGGCGACCCACCAGGCAGCCAUGGCGAACGCAAAGACCCAGGCUGCUGCUUUGGCCGGCACCUUCAAAUGUAGCGUCGUCGAUUGCCAACAGCAUUUCCUCGGAUUCCCAACCCAAGCAGCUUUGAAUAAGCACGUUGAAGAGAGUCAUCAGCCCGAGAAUGAGGAGGGUAUCGAAAACCCUCUGCAGUACUACAUCGACAGCCUUGACAUCGGUCUGGGCUUGACUCCUGCUACUCCGGCGAAUCAAAAUGGAAAGCCUUCUCCCGGCAAGCAAGCUGAUUCAGCCGCAUCUGCCCGGCAGCUGGCAUCCUACCAGGCAGCGGUCGAGAGUUCAAAGCUUCUAUCCCCUGGGAAGCAGGCUAGAAAGCGCACCUUGGAUGAUCUCGAGACCGAAGACCCAUGGGCGAAUGCGCCGAUGAACCUUGAAAAGAUCCAUGAUACUUUCGGACCUAUUUUCUCAGAAUGCCGACGCUUGGCUCACGGCUACGAUCCCAUGGAGGAAUUCGUGAAUACGGAUAUGCUCUCCCGCGAACAAUCUGAUGAUACUCCCGAUUCGCUGGAUAAUGCGCUAGCAACGAUGACCCCCAAGGAUGACCACAAAGAUUUUGAUGGUGAUGAUACUUGGUUCGAAGCAUGGGAUGAACCAUCAAUCGAGGCUGCCAAGGCCUGGUUGAAGUUGCCUCCUGACUCGGAGUAUCCAACCAAUGUUCACUUCCCGCCGGGGCCGAACGGGCGUUUGUUUGACUGGGCGAAAGGGGAACCACAAAAUGACAUCAAUAUGGAGAACGGAAGUGUUGUUAUUGCCGCCGUUUGA